AUGUCAAGUGAGCCUUUGUUACCUACUACGAAUGCACCUAUUGAGCAGAAGUUUAUUGUGGUGAGGUUUUCAGAUGAAAGCAUUCAUGAUCUGGAGUUAAAUAUAACGGGUGUCAGCGAGAGUACCAUUGAUACAAGAUGGUUGCGGAAGAUGUGUAGGAGUUUGAGAUCAAGAGAGACAGAUCGCAGGCGAUUGAGAUUUAUACGUAAUGGUGGUAUUCUAAAUAUGCACAGCGAUUUAGGUAACGAUAUUAUUAGAUACUUUGGUAAUGAGUCAAAUGGGGACAAGUUUUAUGUUCAUUGCAUGGUUGGUAGUGAAGUGUUGAGUUUAGAACAAUUGAACAAUGAAGAUGCAUUAGAUGACAUGGGUCCUUCUUCUGAUUCUACUACUACUCAAGCCAUAGGUUUCGACAGGCUACGAGCGGUUGGGUUCUCAGAUGAAGAGAUUGAGUUAUUUAGGGAACAGUUUAGGAGAACCUAUGGGAAUUUACAACAGGAUAAUGAGGAUAACGAGGAUGGGAAUGAGACACAGAACAGCACUAAUGAUAUCAGACAACUAGAAGAACAGUGGAUGGAGACUGGCGUUAACACUGAGACUGGGAAUCCUAUUACUGAUAAUGACAAUUUCAAUGCAGUGCCAAUUGCUAACUUCAAGCAUAAUAAAGAUUUGCUGAUAGGGAUGUGUAUCGGAUUUUGCUUUGGUAUAUUUGGGUUUUUAUUAAUAAAGAUUGAAGGAUUGUUUAAUCGCAGGCAGAAAAUGUCUCUAAUUGCAGGUAUUAUGGUCAAUAUAAUUUUCAGUCUCAUGAAAAGUUUCUAA